AUGCUUCGGCACACCCGUUUUAUCGCACGCCAGACCACGAGGCGACAUGCCUCAACCACAGAAGCGGCCAAAGACACGGCCACGAAAUCCAAAGAGACAGCUUCAAAUGCGACCUCGAAAGCUUCACAAGGCCUUUCAAGAGUGACUUCGUCUGCCGGACCAGCCGUGAGCGGUGCAGCACAAGGGGUCAGCAAAGCUAUCGGCAACAUUGGAGGACGGACAGGAAGGAUGAUAUCUUUCGUGCAGUCAAUGGUACCCCCUGCGAUCUAUUACUCUAAAGUUGGCUUUGAGCUCUCAAAGCUAGUCUUCAAGGGACAGAAGAUGAACCCACCGGAUCUCGCGGCGUUCCAAAGAUACACUCAGCCGGUCAUUAAUGCCAUCCGAAACCCCGCCGGCCUCCUCAAUCACACUACCGAUACUGCCAGCACCAUGUCCCCUGAGGGAAUUUUGAGCCGGAUCAGGAAUGUCAACAGGCAACAAUUGGUCUCAGCAGCGGUGAUUGGGGCAGAGGUUUUAGGUUUCUUUACUGUGGGUGAAAUGAUUGGGAGAAUGAAGCUGGUCGGCUACAGCGGAGAUACUGAGCAUCACGAGACCGCGACUUCAACAUAG